AUGCUGUUCGUGAUGACGUGUGCGUGUGUGGACUACUGGGGCUCCGUGCUGCCUCUGCUCUCGCCACUCAAGGGCAUCUCCUUCUUCCCCCUGCACGGCAAGCUCAAACAGUCAAAGCGCGAUGCAGCAGUGGCGGCAUUCCGCAAGGCGGAGCGGGGAGUGCUCAUCUGCACGGAUGUGGCAGCCAGGGGCCUCGACAUUCCCGCCGUGCACUGCAUCCUGCAGUACGACCCCCCCCAGGACCCCCGCGCGUUCGUGCACCGCGCAGGCCGCACGGCACGCAUGGGCCGAGAGGGGUCUGCCCUCGUGUGGCUGCUGCCUAAGGUCCCCCGCGCGUUCGUGCACCGCGCGGGGGCGCACGGCACGCAUGGGCCGAGAGGGGUCCGCACUUGUGUGGCUGCUGCCAAAGGUAAGGGGUGGGGGGUGGCCCGGGAGGAUGCAUACCCGGAGUAUCUGCGGUUGCAAGGAGUGCCUGUGGUGGUGGAACCCCCUGCUCCCGAUGCUGUCGACGUCAUUCCACAGCUGAGGGAAGCAUCGCGGAAGGAUCGAGCAGUGGUGGAGAAGGGUGUGCGGGCGUUUGUGUCGUUUGUGAGGGGCUACAAGGAGCACCACUGCAACUACAUCUUCAGGUUUCAAGAGCUGGAGAUGGGUGCAGUGGCCAUGUCGUACGGUGUUCUCAAGAUCCCUCGCAUGCCGGAAACCCGCCACCAUCCGCGCCUCUUUGACGGGUUCGAGCCCGACAAGACUGUCGAUGUGGCCACGCUCAAAUACAAGGAUAAGAACCGGGAGAAGCAGCGACAGCAGUUUCUGAAGCAGCAGCAGGAAGGUCUCGAGAACCCUCAAAACGGAGAGAAGCCUAAUAAGAAGAGCGCGGGAGGAGGAUGA